AUGCUUACCCAGCCCAGCUAUAUUGUAUAUUCUCAAUAUUAUUGCAGUAAUGGCGGCACGCUACGCAGCUAUGGAGUUGGAGUCCAACGCAGGCGACUCCGUCGCUUCGACGCCGCGGUCGGAGCACCACCAAAACCUCGCCGACGAUGGCGUCUCCAUGCAGCAGCUGCCACGCGUCCGCUUCAUGUGCAGUUUCGGCGGGAAGAUCCUUCCCCGGCCGCACGACAAUCAGCUCCGCUACGUCGGCGGCGACACGCGCAUAGUCGCGUUGAACCGCCACGCGUCAUUCUCGUCCCUCCUCGUUAAGCUCUCCAAGAUCGCCGGCACGGCCAGCGUGGUCGUGAAGUACCAGCUUCCCAACGAGGACCUGGACUCGUUGAUUACGGUCACGACGGACGAGGACGUGGAGAAUAUGAUGGACGAGUAUGACCGCGUGGUGGCGCAGAGUCACAAGGCGGCGGCGCGUCUGCGGCUUUUCCUUUUUCCGACCGACGCGGAUUCGAGAGCCAGCACGAUUAAUUCUAUUCUCGACGGGUCGGCUAAGCGGGAGCACUGGUUUUUCGACGCGCUUAACGGCGGGUCGGGUCGGGGGCUGGAGCGCGGGAGGUCGGAGGCGUCGUCGAUUGUGUCGGAGGUGCCGGAUUAUUUGUUCGGGUUGGAAAACGCCGACGAGCCGCCGCUUCUCCGUGAAUCCCGGAUGAUGAAGAACAAGCAUCUUUUCCACGAGAACGCGUCGAAUUCGGAUCCGGGUUCGCCGGCGCCGGCGGUUUCUUCCCCGUUCUGCUCCACCUCAUCGGCGCUGGCCACGCCUAACGUGACCGUGAUGCCGGAUCUCCCGCCGGUGAAAACAAAGCCCGAUCAACCUAUCCCCGCCGCCGAACCCAAAGCAACGUCGAUUGAGACUGCCGCCCCGCACCAGCAAUCCGGGUAUCCGGGUAGCCCGUAUUGGCAUUACACAGUCCCAGGACCACAAGUUCAACCCAUGCCCAUUUAUUACGUCCCCGGAGUCGGACCAGUUCAGGCCGCCGGCGGCAGCCACCCGCCGGCACAUCCAAUUCCGCAACGAGGUCAAUACGUUCAACCCUAUCAGGUCAUUCCGGGUCAAGUACCCGUCGGGCUUCCCCAACAAGUUUCAAGUAUAGGCCAAGUUUAUGGUGGCAUGAGGCCUGUUAUGGGUCUGGACAGCCAUGAAAUAAACCCGGCUGUUCUUUAUGGGGCCAGAAAUGGUGGAACAGUUCCGGCCUAUUCCAGCGCCGGCGGGGAAGAAAUGGAAGGAAAAGUGGGUCGGGUCCCCCAUCCAGGCUAGACAACCCUCUAUCAUUGAUUAUUGGUUUCUUGACAACUAUGUGACAUAUUAGCAGUAUUUGGGUACAAAAUAAUGUAAUAUGAGGUGUUUCUUUUCAAUUCAUUAAUGGAGUGUGUAUAAGAUUCUGAAGGAUUUUCUAGAGUACAAUCAAUAUUGAGAAACCAGGUCGGUGACAAUUUGUGUAAUCAGGUGGAUUAGCCCAAACCACGAGAUAGUCCAGGUCUUUCUCUAUCCGUUUAACGGUCUAGAUCCACCCGACUAAUCCCCAUUCGCUCCAGGAAGCCAUGGGAGCUGGCGUAGGGGAAUUGUAUGCUUAUACUUUUUCAUAAAGUUGUUUACAAGAUUCAUGUUUAAAAAGAGUGUCAGUCCUAAUUUAGUACGGGGUAAUUCAUUGAAUCUUGUAAAGUGUAAAAAUUUCUCUUGUUCUAUAGUGAAAAAGUAUGUUGGGCGUGACCUCACCGAUCAGAGUAA